AUGGAACGUUUUGACGUCGCAGUUGUUGGGCUUGGAGUGCUGGAAAGCGCGGCGGCGUACCAAGCCGCUCUAAGAGGCAAGAAAGUGAUCGCAUCCGAGCAAUUCGAGCUGUCAAACGCAGCACCCCAAUACGUCUUCCUAGCCCAAUCCGCCUACAAGAACUGGGCCGACCUGGAAAAGGCUACAGACCAAAAGCUGCUAUCGAUAACCGGGGGUGUUAUGUUUUUCCCCAAGGGUGCAAACCCUCCCCGGAUAGACUUCACGACAAGCCUCGCCACCAGAAACGUGCCAUACGAGGUUCUAGCUUCCAAUGAAGUCAACAAGCGUUGGCCCCAGUUCAACAUCCCGGACACCGUUGAGACGGUAUAUACCGCCGACACCGGUAUUGUCCAUGUGGCCAAGACAGUCCUAGCUAUGCAAAGUCUAGCAAGAAUAAAUGGCGCAACUUUGAAGGAGCACACACGAGUGGACCGCGUGACGCCGAAGAGACCAGGCAAAGGCGUUGUGAUCGAAACGUCAAACGGACAACUCCACGCAACUAAAGAGCAAGUGACAUACUUCAAGCCGACGGACGAACAAGCCUGGGAACCCAGCCGUUUUCCCGUAUGGAUUUGGGGCGGCGAUCCCUGUUUCUAUGGGUUCCCGCCUUUUGGCGAGCCGACUAUCAAAGUUGCCCGCGAUACUUCGAACAAUUUGAUGACACCUGAGCAACGUACCUAUGUACACUCGCCGCAGUUGCUAGAGGAACUUUUCAUUAUCAGUCCAUUGGAAAAGCAACAGGAUAUUAUUUUUGGUCUAGGGGCUGCCCAUGCGUUCAAAUUUGCGCCUGCUUUCGGUCGUGCCCUUGCAGAGUUGGCGAUUGAUGGGAAGAGUACGGAGGACCUUUCGAAGUUUGGCAUUCCAAAGGAUGCUACUUCUACUAGCAAGCUUUAA